ACUAUUUACUUCCGGGAAGCAAACUUCGCCCCGCCUCCUUUUUUUGCCCUCAAUUGUCCCUUCCCUCUUCUGACUGCUCUCCCCCUGUCAGCAGCGGACCGCGACCACUCUGCAAAAGUUCUCCUCGGCUUCACAAAGCGACGGGCAUUGCAACCAUCACCAUGUCCUCUGCGAAUGCUAAGAUCGGCCAUCCCGCCCCAGACUUCAAAGCCACCGCCGUAGUUGAUGGCCAGUUCAAGGACAUCAAGCUUUCGGACUACAAAGGGAAGUAUGUGAUCUUCUUUUUCUACCCACUGGACUUCACCUUCGUGUGUCCCACUGAGAUCGUGGCUUUCAGCGACCGCGUGGAGGAAUUCCGUAGUAUCGGCUGUGAGGUGAUCGGCUGCUCUGUAGACUCUCACUUCAGUCACUUGGCAUGGAUCAACACCCCGAGGAAGCAGGGAGGUCUGGGUAACAUGAAAAUCCCGCUUGUGGCAGACCUCACCAAAACCAUCUCCAGGGACUACGGUGUGCUGAAGGAAGACGACGGCAUCGCCUACAGGGGUCUGUUUGUCAUUGAUGACAAGGGCAUCUUGAGGCAGAUCACAAUCAAUGACUUGCCCGUGGGUCGCUCUGUGGAUGAGACUCUGCGCCUGGUCCAGGCCUUCAAGCACACGGACAAACAUGGAGAGGUUUGCCCUGCUGGCUGGAAACCUGGUAGCGAUACGAUCGUCCCCGACAUUGAAAAGAGCAAAGUCUUUUUCUCCAAGCAGUAAAUGCGGAGGUCUUCUGACUGACUUCCCAACUAGCACUUGCCUUCAGAUGAGGUGUUCCUGUGAAGCAGUAUAUAAUGGCGUCCAAUCUAAAGACAAAAUGUCUAAACCUUUUAGAUAAAUCUUUUGUUGCGAAUCUUUGUACGUCCAGUGUAUAAUUGGUGGGGUGACCUUAGUCUCAAGCACUGAAACUAUAUUCUGUUCAAUUUUCAGAAAAAAAGCAUCUAUUUUUCCUUGCUGUAAUGGAAUGGUUUGCUACCAUCCUUAUUAAAACAGUGGGUAAAUUC